AUUUAAUUAAUUUUGAAAAAAUAAGAGAGAGAAUGACAUUUAUUGUAAAGACCAGAAAAGUAUUGCUUAACAAGCUCUUGAAUAGAAGAUAAUUAGUAAGAAAGUGGUUAAUAAAAGAGUGUUGAAUUACUCCAUCCAAAUAAGCCCACUCCUUCUUAGGAAUCAGUGGUGAAGGAAUUGGCUUCUAAGUACAAGGCUGACGAAAGAAAUGUUGUUGUGUAUGGUUUGAGAACACAAUUCGGAGGAAACAGAACGAAUGGAUUCGCUUUGAUCUACGAUACAUAAUAGUAAUGGAUGGAGAAAUAAUGUUAGAUAUCUAUUGAAAUUCGAACCAAAAUUCAGAUUGAGAAGAAGAGCCAUCAUCCCAAAGAGAGAUGGAAGCAGAAAGGGAUGGAAGGAAGUCAAGUCCAAGUUGAAGAAGACCAGAGGAGCUGAAAAAACAAAAAUCUACAUGUCUAGAAAGACUGACAAGAGAGAAGUCAUCAGAGUUCAGAAGGAGACUUAUCUUAAGGGUUUUGUAGGAAAGUGAUAGCAAUUUAUUGAAAUUAAAAGAGUAC